UGCACUGUUAACUAAAACUGACGGACAAGAAUUUCACUGCUGUUAUGAAUUUAGGUACUUUUAGUAAUAUUGUGUUUAAAUCUAUUUUGAGUUAUUAAUUGUGUUUCUAAUGCUUUGUGAUUAGUUUUUCGUGAGUUUGAAAGGAUAUAGUAGAAGUCAUCACAAAUGUCACACUUGAAAUGUUCAGCACGUCCAGGAUCCUCUACAAUGAGUUGAAUUCUGCAGCUUGGAGAGCUGAGCUCCACUCCCCGCCCUCCCCUCCCCAGCGAUGUCUGCUGGCUUGGAACUAUCUAGUUUCAAAUCCGGAAAGUCCUGGGAAUCCUCAUCUUCAAAACAACCUCCUGACAAAGAUGAUCCAGAGGAUCGCAACAACCUGGUUGGAGAGAGAGAGAUGGACACAGUGGAUUGCGGGUUUGAGGGUAACCCGGACAUCCGAGUCAUCCUCAUCAACCGUCCACAGCCCAACAAGUUCUGCACCAACCAUAUCCACACGGCGAAAUACAGCGUCGUAUCGUUCGUGCCUAGUUUCCUGUUCGAACAGUUCAGACGCUAUGCCAACUGUUUUUUCCUUUUCGUUGCUUUGAUGCAGCAAAUACCUGAUGUUUCGCCUACAGGACGUUACACAACUUUAGUUCCUCUUAUAUUUAUUCUUCUAGUAUCAGCAUUGAAAGAAAUCGUUGAAGAUUAUAAGCGACACAGAGCGGACGACGAGAUCAACCACAGAGAAGUAGAGGUGCUGCGAGCGGGCAACUGGCAGUGGGUAGAGUGGCGACACGUCGUGGUUGGUGAUAUUGUCAAAGUGCACAACAACAACUUCUUCCCUGCAGACCUGCUAGUCUUAUCUUCCAGUGAGCCACAAGCCAUGUGCUACAUAGAGACGAUGAACCUCGACGGAGAGACCAACCUCAAGAUCAGACAAGGCCUACCGGAGACUGCCAAACUGUUGGAGACCAAAGACUUGGAGCUGUUCAGAGGAAGAGUUGAGUGUGAGCUGCCCAACAGACAUCUGUACGACUUCAGCGGCAAUUUGAAGGAGGGCGAGAAACAGGCUGUGCCGCUGGGGCCAGACCGUAUCCUACUGAGAGGAGCCAUGCUGCGUAACACCAGCUGGAUCUUUGGACUGGUCAUCUACACCGGACACGAGACCAAGCUGAUGAAGAACUCUACAUCUGCACCUCUCAAGCGGUCCACCGUCGACAAACAAACUAACACCCAGGUGCUGAUGCUGUUUAUCCUGCUCAUCGUGUUGUGUCUGUUGUCGGCAAUUUUCAAUGAGCUUUGGAAUCGUAGUCAUACAGAGCACACAUACAUUGGACUCGCAGAUGUUGUCUCUGUGAAUUUCGGCUACAACCUGCUGACUUUCAUUAUUCUCUACAACAACCUGAUACCGAUCUCGCUACAAGUGACACUGGAAGUUGUCAGGUUUGUACAGGCAACCUUCAUCAACAUGGACCUGGAUAUGUACCACGAGGAGUCUGACACUCCUGCGAUGGCUCGAACCUCCAACCUCAAUGAGGAACUUGGCAUGGUUAAGUAUAUAUUCUCUGACAAGACUGGUACUCUGACCAGGAACGUGAUGGAAUUCAAAGAAUGCAGCAUCGGAGAACAUCUUUACAGUCUACCAGCCACUGCAGACUUGGACGACUCCUUGCUCAUACAACACUUAAAGCGAAAUGACAAGCUGUCACAGACCAUCCGAGACUUCAUGGUGUUGAUGUCCGUUUGUCACACUGUCAUUCCGGAGAAACAACCAGACAACAAUGACAUCAUCUAUCAUGCCUCGUCUCCUGAUGAAAGGGCUCUACUUCAGGGAGCAAAAGCUUUUGGCUUUGUGUUCGACACAAGAACGCCUGAUUCUGUGGAAAUAGUCGCGCUGGGCAGCAGGGAGAAGUAUGAAAUACUAAGCGUCAUUGAGUUUACAAGUGCGAGGAAAAGAAUGUCAGUCAUAGUUCGAACACCAGAGGGGAAGAUCAAACUGUUUUGCAAGGGCGCAGACACUGUGAUAUAUGAAAGACUGUCUGCGAAUGGUCGAGCGUUUGCGGACACGACUCUCAAACAUCUGGAGGAGUUUGCGCAGUCUGGUCUGCGAACGUUGUGCUUCGCCUCUGUUGACCUGUCAGAGAGGUCGUACAAGGAAUGGAGGGAGUUGUACAUGAAGGCCUGCACGUCGAUACAGAACAGAGAGACAAAGAUAGAGGACGCGGCCAACAUGAUAGAGAAGGACCUGAUAUUGUUGGGAGCUACAGCUGUGGAGGACAAGCUGCAAGAGCAGGUGCCAGAAACCAUUGCUGCUCUCAUGAAGGCAGACAUCAACGUUUGGGUGUUGACGGGGGACAAGCAGGAGACAGCCAUCAAUAUCGGCUACUCCAGCAAACUCAUCAGCCACGGCACUCCGCUUAUCAUACUCAACGAGACUAGUCUUGAUGGUCUGCGGGAGGUAAUACACAGGCACUGCUCAGAGCUGGGCGAGGCGCUGGGCAAAACCAACAACAACCUGUGUCUGGUCGUCGACGGAGCAUCACUCAAGUUCGCCCUCACACACGAGCUGAGGCGAGAGUUCCUACAACUCUGCAUCAGCUGCAAGUCUGUGAUAUGCUGUCGCGUCUCACCCAUGCAGAAGGCGGAGGUGGUAGACCUGGUCACCUCUAACACUGACAGUGUGACUCUGGCUAUUGGAGAUGGAGCCAAUGAUGUAGCCAUGAUACAGAAGGCGCAUGUUGGUAUUGGCAUCUCCGGGGUGGAGGGACUACAGGCAGCGUGUGCCAGCGACUACUCCAUAGCACAAUUCCGCUUCCUACUAAAGCUUCUAUUCGUCCAUGGAUCGUGGAACUACCAUCGGCUCUGUGAGCUCAUAUUGUACAGCUUCUACAAGAAUAUCUGUCUCUAUGUGAUGGAGCUGUGGUUCGCCAUCUACUCCGGAUGGUCGGGACAGAUCCUCUUUGAAAGAUGGACGAUUGGUCUUUACAACGUGUUGUUCACCGCAGCUCCACCACUAGCCAUGGGUAUCUUGGAUCAGCUGUGUUCUGCCAACACCAUGCUCAGGUAUCCCAAGCUCUACGCUCACCGAUCGUUCCACUUUGACGUCGGAGUGUUCUGGGUGUGGAUCGUCAACGCUCUGUUUCACUCAGUUCUGCUGUUUUGGCUGCCGAUGUACGCAGUCAAGAACGACAUCAUUUGGAAAAACGGCAAAGAGGGCGGCUACUUGGUCCUCGGCAACAUGGUUUAUACGUAUGUGGUGGUCGCUGUUUGUGUCAAGGCAGGUUUGCACAUGAAGUACUGGACGUGGCUAACUCAUCUGGCCAUCUGGGGAUCCAUCGGUGCUUGGUUCUUGCUCAUUAUUGCUUACAGCCGAUUCUGGCCGACUAUCCCUCUCGGCCAAGUGAUGGCUGGUAUGGACCGUAUGAUAUUCACCUCUCCUGUGUUCUGGUUCGGCCUUAUCCUCAUUCCACUGGCUGUUGUCUUAAUAGAUAUCAGUGUUAUUGCUUUUAGGUCAACCGUGUUCAAGAGUCUGACAGAGUCUGUAAGAGAAAGUGAAAUCCGUAAGACUGACCCCAAUGCUGUUAUUGACGACAGCAAAAACUCGAUGUCCGAGACUGCUCGUCUGUUAAAGAAUGUUCGAAGUGUAUUCAACCUCCGAGCUACCCCCACCACCUCCCGUGUAAAUACCGAGGUUGAACUCAGGUAUGGUUUUGCAUUUUCCCAAGAAGAAGGAGGAGCGGUGGCUCAGUCGGAAGUUAUUCGAGCGUACGACACAAACUUGCCCAAACCCGGUGGGAUGUAAACAGUUGUGGAACAACAAUCAACAACAACCUUCCUGCCAUAAACAUUUUAGCUUUGUGAGGACAGGCAGACAAGAUGGUGCCAUGAUUGAUGAUGAAGUAGAUCAACCUGAUUUGUGUUGAUGCUGAUUCAACGAUUGUUGUUGUUCCAACAUCAACAACAGCUGAAAAACUUGUCAACGGUUGAAUCAAGCGUAUUUACUAGAUUUAAGAACGGUGUUUCAAACACAAUGUAUCAAUGCUUUGUGAUAUACCUUUACAGUCAUUGUCAAUUUUCUUGGAAUUAAUUGUAACUGAAGUGUGUGGACGGUUGAAUGUAUGUCUAAAGUACAUUAUUUUUACUAGUCAAAUCAAAAGAGUAUAUGGAUUGUACAAAUCUAUGUCAUUUUAAACUUGUGAUUUCAGUGUUUGUGGUAAAUCGCAAUCUUAUUUUCUUAGAACAAAGUUAUCCAUGCUUGAAGAUGCCUAUUGUUGUAUUUUGGAAUAAUCCUACAUAUUAGGCUACGUAUAGAUUUUUGGUCAAACGAGUAUUCUUUUAUCUUCAAAAAAUCAUUGAACAUAAAAGUAGGUUUUUUUUUCAAAUUGAGUGAACUAAUUUUACUUGCUUAAAAGAUUAAUAUUGAUUUCUUUAGAUAAAUUUAAGCAGAAUUUCUGCUUUACAAGGUUAAUUUAUAACCCACAUUAUAGAAAUAUUUACAGUUUUAAUUUUCUUAGAAUUUUGGUGUAUUGUGAAAUAUUUUAAGAAAUUUUUAUUGUUGUCACAGAUCAAGCUAAUACUUGCUUUUGGAAAAAUUUUAGAUAUAAAAAAAUGCAUAUAGGCAUUCCACCAAUUUAAUCAAGUACUGUAGGCUAUUUGAUUUCAUUUUAGCUUUCAGUGCAUUAAUAUAAAAUACAGUACCUAUAUAUAUUUUAUUUUUAUUUUAUACAACUCAAUUUUUUACAAUAAAUAAGCUUAUAAAUCGUAUUAUUUACUUUUCUUGUGCAUUGGUCAUAACCAGUAAUUAUUUUUAUGUUUUAGAAACAAUGCAAGUACAAAAUGAAAAUAUUAAACUAUAUUUUAUUGCUUGGUUUUAUAAUAUUGAAACCAAAACAAAUUUUGUGUAACAAUUUGCCCACAUAACAUCACUAAAACUUGCAUUUCCAUCAUUUAUUUGCUUGUUCUGACUGAAAACUAACAAACAAAUUAGUAGUUUCCAGUAAAACCAUUUAAAAUAAAUUAACAUUUGCUUGGGUUUGUAAUACGGCUGGCUAUUUAUGUUUCUAUUCGUAAUUUGGGGUCAACUCAUUUUUAUCUUCAUCGUAAUUAGCUAACAGAUUCGAUCUGUUAAUUUCUAGUCAUUUUUUGUUUGUGUACUAGCCUACUUAAUUGUGAACUGUAAAAAUAUACCAUCUACAGUAAAACCCGGCUGAAAUAAAGGGUCAAGGCCAAUUUGAAUAGCCUAUUUUUUUUCUCAUAAAAAUAUAUCUACUGUAUCUUACAAAACAUAUCCAUUUUAAACUGAAUCUAUUUAUUCACAAAAUCUACUUCUUGAAGUAAUCAGCUGUUUCUAUAGCGUACUCUCUAUAUCCAUCACAGUAAUAGAUCCUUUUUGUCUCUUCAAUUAAAUUCCAUUGGCCGACACCCAAGCCACACUCCUGAUGAAAAACUUAUUUCCCACUUGAUUUAAAUUUUUCAUUAUAGUCUCAGUUUAAUGGUCUACAAUUAAUACCUGUUUUACUGUAAUUUAACCAAUUUAAAAAAAUAAUCAGGUAUUGGCCUAAGUUUUUUUUAAUGUGUUAAAUGUUGCAAACGUUAAUAUAUUCUUUCAUAACGGGUAUUACUAGAAAUAUACUUAACACCUUUGAAGUCCACUAAUUUGGACUCUUGUUAUUCAAUCAGAGUAUUUAGAAUGAAGUUCCUUCGCCAAACCAAUGAAGCUUUGUUUCGUUAACUAUAUUUUUUUAUUUGUUAUAGUGUUUUGUUUCAGUAAAUCAAUUGUUAUGUUGCACUGUGUACAUUUGUGGAUUUAGGAUGAACAAGUUCAAGUUGUAGACAAUUUUGACAAUGUUGGAAUUAACGUUGGUAAUAUUGGUAGUACAGUAGGCCUAGUGCCAUAGGGCAUUACAUAGAUACAAAAUCGAGUUUUGGACGUUCACUUCUAUUUAUGAAUUUUACAUCUUGUACAACUUCUGUUCAUGUCAGAUCCACAUUUGAAAAACCAAAGAGGAAUGAAUAUUUACAAAAGUAUACAUUGUUUCAUAUAUUGAAAGUUUAUUAAAA